AUGCGACUGAACGUGAUCACCCUGAGCAAUGCCAACGCCAGCGGUUCGGCAGCCGAUCUGAUGCAGUCCACGUUCGCCGUGGCCUUGCGGCACAAUCAACAGCGCUAUCCGGAACUGUACGAGAACUUCACCAAACUGGAUUUAUCCUGGCCCGCCGAUAUGCCCAUCUGUCGGCCGGUGGGCGAUGCCUGGGUGCCGCUCCAGAUGGCGAAAUGGUACAGCCACGGGAUGUUUAAUCGCCAAGGCGUCACGGUUGUUCUCAGUUCCGUGUGUGCUUACGCAUUCCCCACCAUCGCCGAUUUCUUGCGAGAGCUUGAUAUAGCAGUAUUACCAUGCGCAACCAGCGUAGCGAUUCGAAGAGACCGCUAUACAACAGCCGUGACGAUGUCCACCGCCUCCUUCAUUUUAUUUGGUCAGUCUGUGUGGUAUAUGAUGAAGAAGUUCAACUGGCGUUACGUGGUCAUUAUACGCGAUGAAUUCAAGAGAGUGCCGGGGUACGUUAAUUCUGGCCGUUCCCAGACCCAGUGCGAGGGGGUAACCAUGGACCUCAGCAAGCGCACCGAUGUCCAGUACCAACUGAUAACGUUCGAUUCAACGGCAGAGGAUUUUUCCGCUUAUGAUACUCUACGAACCGCCGCGUCGUACAGCCGCAUUAUUGUCUGCUGCACCCUUUUUAAAGCGAUGAGACGAAUAUUGGCCGCUGCUGCCGAGCUAAACAUGACCAACGGUGAAUAUGUAAGUUUAGCAUUUUCUGAAUAUUUCUACGGAUGCAUUGUCGAGAAAGAUCCUCUUGGGAAAAGCGCUUAUCAAUCCACGAUUUCCUUUGCCAAACAGGAGUUUUUAUACUUUUAUGAGGGACAAAUCCCCGCGGAGCCGCCGCUGGGAGACUGGAGACAAAAUGAUGACCUCGAUAAGGCAAUCAAUGCAGUCAUCGAGCGCGUACUGGUCAUUCGGACACCCGAGACCGACUGGUCGACGUUCUUGAACCGUUCAGACGAAAUUCUGCGCUACCGCGAGGCAGUGUUUGGAGCGCCUUACGACAUACAACACCUGUAUAACGACUUCUUCGUCUCCUGCACGAAUGCCGCUGAUCUAAUGUCCACGGUCCUAGAUGAAUUCCGCACGGGCAACGAAACAGAACAGGAUAGUCCUGCUUACCACUUGGACGCCGGACGAAUACUGAAAAAACUGCUAGGACAAUCGUACCGCUUGCCAUUCGAGAACGUCUCCAUUACGUCAAGCGGCGAGAAAGUACCAGUGGUCGUCAUACAGCAGUUCGAUCGCGUCAGCGGCAAAUUUCGUAACGUCUACGCAUACAAUUAUCUUACGAAAGCUUACGACCUGGUGGACGUUAGUCGCCCCAUCAAGUGGAAAUUGGGCGUAGCCCCGUUGGACCGGCCGGUGUGUGAUACAAACUGUAGCGGACUGUCAUCGAUAAUACCGACGGCCGUCGGUGUCGCGGUGGCGGGGAUCGUGCUGGUCGUUGGAGCAGCUGCCGGAUUGCUGCGGAGACAGCAGAAGCUGGAUAAGAGGCAACGAACAUGGUGGAUGGUGUCGGAAACGGAGUUCAUGCCCUUUAUGCCCAAAUCCCAUUCCUCAGAUAGCUUUACGGAAAGCGCGUCGUGGUCUGAUGUCACCGCUUUGCGGAGAGGCACAUAUCGCUCGACAGCCGGGCAACUAGUCAACCUCCGCGGGAGUCCCGCCUGGAAGCAACGGCUAUAUUGGACAACGAAUGCCCACCCUGUCUUGACGACGACAUUCCUUAAGUUGGUCUCAACGAUGCACAAAUUCGAUAACUGUUCCAAUCUGAACAGUCUUCUUGGUAUCUGCUUCACCACCAAAAUACCCAGUACAUUCUACACAGUGUGCAAGCGGGGCUCAAUCGAAGAUAUGAUUACUCAGCGCAAUCCGGACUGGAAUCUAAAGCUGUUCCUCAUACAAGACAUAAUCAGAGGGCUGACCUUUCUGCAUAAAUCUUCGUUAAAGAAGCACGGAAAUUUGAAAGGCUCAAAAUGUCUGCUGGAUAAACAGAUGGUGAUUAAGAUUUCCGAUUACGGACACGAAGAAUUAAGCCGCUCUCUGCAGUCCGUCGGUAAAAAAUUUGCUGCACCGCUGUAUGUCGUUCUGGAGCCGUUCUUUGCGCCGCAUUGCUGGAUGGCACCAGAAGUGCUGCGCGGUCACCCACCGACGCCGGAGAGCGACGUGUAUGCACUGGGCCUGAUCGCCCAUCAGAUUAUCAUGCACACGCAUAUAUACGGUCAGGACGGUGAAGGAACCGAUAGCGCUGUUUCUGAACACAUUUUGGAACAAAUCGCAGCCGGAUCAAAACCUUACUUCCGACCAUUGUUCCCACAGCUAUCUCAGAACAGAACGUUAGAGCGACUGAUUCCCCUGGUGCAAUCGUGUUGGGCGGAGGAACCAUCACAGCGACCACAAAUUGCAGAGGCCGCGCUGCGCUUCCGCCUGGCGACGGCCAGCGAAGGCAUGGAAGGGACCUUUCUCGACCGGAUCAUGCAGUGGCUGGAGAAGUACAAUCGCGUCCUAGAGCAGGAUGUCGCAGACCGAACCGCCCUACUGCUGCAUGAGCAGAAAAAAGCUGAUGAACUCCUCUGUCAAAUGCUUCCAGCGUCAGUGGUGAAAAAGCUGCGAACCGGGGAGACCGUGGAAGCCGAGUACGUGGAAGAAGUUAGCAUUCUGUUUUGCGACAUUAGCGGUUUCAAUACGUUCGUCGCAUCCUGUCUCCCGCAAGUGGUGUUGUCGUUCCUCCAUGAGGUGUAUUCGAUAUUUGAUGAAGUGUCGGUGGGAUUAUCGAUUUAUAAACUGGAGACCAUCGGAAGCAAUUAUGUGGCCGUAAGCGGACUGCUGGAGCGAAUAGGCAGCCGUCAUGCCGAUGAGAUCUGCCGCUUGGCCACCGUCCUUCUCAGUGCCUUCGAGCGUGUACGCAGCCACGAGAGUAUGCAGCUCUUGAUGGGCGUUCAUAGUGGGCCGGUAGCCGCUGGUGUUAUUGGACUGAAGAGACCGCGAUACUGCUUUUUCGGCGAUUCCGUCAACACGGCAGCACGCAUGCAGACCAGUAGUCAGCCGUCCCAGGUACACGUUAGUGUGGCCACCGUGGUCGUUGCUCAGCAAUUUGGCCAUGAGUUUAUCAGUCGCGGGAAAGUCCAUCUCAAGGGAAAGGGCAAUGUGACGACGUACUGGCUUCUACUUCAGCCGGAGCAACACGUCACAUCUAACGUUUGAGCGUAACAUUUUCCGGAGCAUCUAAGCGUCAGCAAGCAACAAUAGACUGUCCUAAUAUUUCUAGCAGUUGUGCAUUAUUUUCUCGAUAAUGUUAAACCU